AGUAUUUUUGUUUUGAAAGAGAAAAAAAAUUAGAGGUACAGAUAAUAGGCAACGAUACUCUUUGGGAAAAAUAGGGAGAGCGGGGAUGAUUUUAAAUCUGACAAGCAAGCUGAGAAGAAAGUCUCGUAGAGAUCGAGGAGACGACAAAUACUCUCUUCCAACCCGGGAUGACCCUGCCGAGCUCGUUGACUAUCAUCCCAUCGACACUCAAGAGCAAGAAGAGUUAGUUAGCUCCUUCGAAAGUAGCCAGAUUCAACAGAGUUUUCUUUGGAGGAGAGUGUUCGCUGCCCUUUUCUUUUGUUAUGUGGCGUUUCUCCUUUUCUCCAUCUUUCAGCAGGCUUCAUCUCCUUGGGAAUUGCGGUUUCAUGCUUACUUCAUGGAUGAGGUCCAGUCAUGGAUUGUCAUCUCUGCAGAUUGUGUAGCUGUUUUAGCAUCUAUGAUGGCUAUCACAGGGUUGCUAAAGUCUCAUAGACAAUGGAUUUGGUAUUCCUGCUAUACUGGUGUUCUACUGGCAAUCUUUUGGUUGCAUCACAUGCUGAGGAUGCCAAAGUUCCGAUGGGAUGUUUUAUGGCUUCCAUUUGGGCCUUUGAGCGGUGCUGGAAUUUGCCUGUAUGUGGACAGUGUAUUUGCCGAAUCAUUGGAAGAUGUAAGAAAACUACGUCGUUACAUGUAUGCAUAUAAGGCCACCUAAAAACUAGGUCCUGAUGGAUUGGCUUCAUCUUCUACUUCAAACCAUGAGAUUGAUAAAGCAUGGAGAGGUCUCACUUCCUCUAGUUGGUAUGGCCAUUUGCAUUUGCAAGGGGUUUCUAGAAUAGAGGAAAGUUCCUGGUAUGCAUUGUGCAUGUCCAUGACUUGCAAAUCUACUUAGGAGUGUAAAUUUUGGGGUAGCAUGUACCUGUUAAAGUAAUGAAAAUUUCACGUUGGGAUGAUGAAUAACAAUUAUGGGCAGAACUGUAGCGGCAUGGUUAAUGAAAUUUUCUUUAACUUUGAUUCA